AGGUAUCUGCUCCAUCUGGACUCGUCCCAUGCCCAAACGAUGACCUCGAUCGAGCGACCGGCCGGUGGUGCCCUGGCCCUGCACUACGCGGCCGCCCGCGGUUGCCUCGACUGUGUCCGGCUGCUGACGGAGGCGGCACCCGACAUCAGCGCCAACACACAGAUGGACAACGAUGUGACACCGGUGUACCUGGCCGCCCAGGAGGGUCACCUCGAGGUGCUGAAGUUCCUGGUGCUGGAGGCCGGCGGUUCGCUGUACGUGAGGGCCCGUGACGGUAUGGCACCGAUCCAUGCCGCCUCCCAGAUGGGUUGCCUCGACUGUCUGCGCUGGAUGAUCGAGGACCAGUCGGUCGAUCCGAAUCUGCGCGACGGUGACGGUGCGACGCCGCUCCACUUUGCCGCGUCCCGGGGCCACCUGAGCGUGGUCCGCUGGCUGCUGAACCACGGUGCCAAGCUGUCCCUGGACAAGUACGGCAAGAGCCCGAUCAACGAUGCGGCCGAGAACCAGCAGGUCGAGUGUCUGAACGCCCUCGUCCAGCACGGUAACCUGCAGCAGCAACAGCAGCAACUGGAACCAGCCGACGUGCUGACUCCGGUCGCGACACCGAAGGGUGUGUCACCCGGUGGCAAAAUGCAGGACGCGUACCAAUCGCAGGUGUCGGUGACGGGGGCGGUGGCGGUGGCGGCGGCGACGGGCAGCUCUUUGCCGAAGCAACAGAGCCGAGCGUCGCGCAAAAGCUCCACCGGUGGCGCGGCAGGUGGUGGUGGUGGUGGGCACUAUACCCGCUCGAAAGCCCAGCCAUUCGGCGGCCAUCAUGGCCACACACCCAACAACAACAACAGCAACACGAUCCUUUCGACCAAAUCGUCCACCGGCAGCUCCGAUUCGGAACCUUUUUACCUGCACCCACCGACGAUCCGGAAGACGAAGGACGGCCUGUACGCCCGGCAGUCCCCGGAUGCCAGUUACUACGGGUCGUCCGUCCUGCCGAACGACGGUGUGUACGUGAACCCGAUGCGCCGGAGUGGCGGCUCGUCGACGCCACCGAGCCCGAACGGUAGCAUCUCGGGCGAAUCGUUCUUCCUGCACGAUCCGCAGGAGGUUAUUUACAACCGGGUGAAGGAUCUGUUCGAUGCGGACGCGGUCACGCUGAAGGAGGAGAAGUCGGGCGUCGGUAACCGGUCGAUCGUCCAAGCGGAAGUUCACUCGAGCAGCAGCGGAGCGGCCAGCGGUUCCGACGAGGAUCUCUCGGUUUCGUCGUCCAAUUCUGGCGGUGGUGGCAGUGUCACUGGCGUACUACCUGGUAGUGGUGGUAGCGUUGGCCAGGCUCCGGCCAACGGCACCCUGCACGGUGUCGAUCUGAUCAAUGGUGCUGGUGGUGGCCGGUCCGGGUCGGCCAGCGUGAGCGUGAACCACGAGCACGACUACGAGGACAUCUAUCUGAUCCGCGAGGAAACGCAGGGCUACGGUGGGGCCGGGCAUCUGCGGGGUGUUGGUAGGAGCCGGUCGCGGGACAGUGGCUCCCAUAGCCGCUCCGCCAGUGCCAGCUCGAACCGCAGUGACGUCAUCCUGCAGCUAACCAACAACAACAACAACAACAACAGUAAAAACAACAACAACAACAAGGAGCAUAUGUUGCUGACCAAGCGCAACAACAUGCUGUACGAGCAGCAGCAGCAGCAACAGCAACAGCAGCAACAACAACGGAGACACCAUCACGGUACCAAGCCACUGCCGAAGCCGGUAUACAAUCAGGCUAACGGCAAGGAGUCUAGCAAGGGUGGCCAGGAACGGGGAGGAGCGCACCGGAUGAAGGGUGGUCCGCUGCUGGGCACCGCUGGCCUACCGGAGCCCGACUACUCGACCGGUACGAUGCGCUCCAGCGUCACCGACAACGCGUACGAGAGUGUUUGCUCGCCCGAGGACGUGUACGAGCGAGCCGCCGAGAUGGGUCUGAUUGUCAGCAAAAAGCAGCAACAGCAGCAGCAGCAGCCAGCAAGUGGAACAACCGUUAACGCGAAUGGUGCCACUAACGGUCUUGGUGCCCAUGCAGCCACCGGCACCGAGGCAGCCAAACGAAACGGGCCGCCGCCACCACCACCACAGCACCAGCAGAUGAACGAAGAAAAUGAAAAUGCAGGACCACCACCACCGCCACUGCCACCACCGCUGAAGGCGAGCAGCUACGGGUUCAGCGGGCUGGCCAAUGGUGGCGGGGGCCACCAUCAUCCUGGUGCAGGUGGUGUGAACGCGACGGCCGCCGCCGCAGCAGCAGCCGCCGCCGCUGCCGUAGCCGCCGCCUCGAUCAUUAACGGCGGCUACGGUUACUCGAAAGGUGCGCGCAACGGCGGAGACCAGCAGACCGUGGCGGCGUACGGCGAGACCCAUUACCAGCGAGUGGGUGGUAGUGAUGCGCCCCACCACCACCUCAAUCACCCCCAUCACUAUCAGCAGCAGCAGCAGCAGCACGAUUCCGACUCCGGGCACGAGGUACAGGAAG